GAGCCCAGAAAAGGAACAUGUUACUGCUUUUGCCGGGACGACGGGCAAUGAAAAUGGACGAGAAGUUCAGACUUUUUCCGAGGACGACGAUGACUACGUUAUUGUGGAUAAAGCACAGAAUGGUUGUGAAUACACAAGACUUCAAAAAAUGGAAAAGCAGCGCACACCACACAAAACAUUACAACAAAUUAGCAUUGAAUCUAAGCAAUCAAAUGGACGGCAUUCCAUGAGUGAGACAAUAUGUCCGGACCCAAGUGGUGCUAAGCCAAAAACCCGAAAUAUUGUAGAUGAUAAAAUAAUUCAAACUUUACCAACUGAAGAUAUUUCAGCAACUAAUAGUAAGCGGGUGCAGAUAGGCAAGUUCUUAGAAGGUAGCAAGAGAUUUCAUAAUGUAGUCCAAUCAAAAGAUUGCUGUGAUCUUCGUCAAAGCGAUAUUGACGGUCCCCAAAACAAGCCAGAAUCCGAAUAUCCACAAUUAAAAUGCGUAUAUUCACGACCAAUUUUUCUGAAAUCACAGUCGUUGGAAAUAUACAAUGAGCCAAAUAGCUUCCAAAUAACACAAUCUCGUCUGUUACCAAACAUUAAUGAAAACUAUUCCAAUGAUAAUCAAAACCAAACAGCGCAAGCUUCCGACUCUGUAUCUCAGCUAACAAAGAGUAUCGACCAUCUGUUAGAUUUGAAUGGCGAAGAACUCGAUAAGUCUACUUGUGAAGCUACAUGUUUAGCUCAGCGGCCUCAUAUUCCUUUAAACCUUCAAUCAAUGGAAACUCGUCCUAUCUAUCCGAAUGUUCCAUAUAGUCCGUAUGGCAGUCCAUUUGGCAGUCCUCGAUCGAAUCGACGGCGACCUCCUCUACGCGAAUCACGGAGAAUAUCAAUAGAAAGAUCUGGAAGCUUUCUACAAUUAAACCAAUACAAACUAAUGGACCAAAUUGGGCAGGGCUCAUAUGGUCUCGUAAAAUUGGCAUAUUCUGAAGAAGAUUCCACCCAUUAUGCAAUGAAAAUUCUUUCAAAGAAGCGACUUUUACGACAAGCUGGCUUAAUGCGCCGAGGUCCUAAGAAAACAACUUCUCCGCUGGAUCGUGUUUACAGAGAAAUCGCUGUUUUAAAGAAGCUUGAUCAUCCCAACGUUGUCAAGCUAGUGGAAGUAUUAGAUGACCCCAUCGAGGACUCCUUAUAUAUGGUUUUCGAAUGGGUAAAACAAGGCGAAGUUCUUAGAAUUCCAACGGACAAUCCAUUGUCAGAAGAACGCGUAUGGAGUAUUUUUCGGGAAACACUACUCGGAUUGGAAUAUUUACACUAUCAAAAAAUUAUCCAUGCGGACAUAAAGCCUGGAAAUUUGUUGUUAACGGAGUGUGGACACAUAAAAAUAGCAGAUCUUGGUGUCUGCAAUGAAUUUCUUGGAGAAGAUGCUAUAAUGUCCAAUGGCUCUACCGGUGGAACUCCUGCCUUCAGGGCUCCCGAAACCUUGAUAUUAGGACAGAACGUGUAUUGUGGGAGAGCAUCAGAUGUCUGGGCAUUGGGUGCGACGCUGUAUUCCUUAAUUUUUGGCAAUGUGCCGUUCUUAGCAGAUUCCAUUCCCUUGCUCUAUGAAAGAAUACAACAAGACCCGGUAGUGUUCCCACAAAAAUUAACAGUCAGUGAAAAUUUAAAAAGAUGCAUUUUGCACAUGCUAGAAAAAAAUGCUACUCAGAGAAUAACAGUGCCAGAGCUAAAGAUAAACGAUUGGGUCACCACAAGCGGUGUUUACCCAUUGCCCACUGAAGAAGAAAACUGCUGUCUAGUACAAGUUGAUGAAGAAGAUAUAAAUUCCGUUGUCCGCAGCAUUCCAAAGUUGGACACUCUUAUAUUAAUAAAAACAAUGUUAAAAAAACAUUCUUUUGGAAAUCCAUUUAUAAAAGGUGUAUCUGGCAAGGCAUUACAACCAGGCGGUUCUCGAUUAGAAAGAUUCGUACGCGCUGGACGAUCAAACUCAGCACCAGGCUCCUACCAAAUGUCAGUAGACAGGUUUAAGCAACCAUCCACGGAAUCUUUACUUCCAUCUUUAACGGAACAUUCUACAAGUAAAAUUAGUGAAGAUACUUAGAUUUAAUUUGAUUUAGAUUUAAUGCAGAUAAAAUUAUUAUUUUUUUUAAAUCUGUUUUCUUUAUUAAUUUGGCAUACAAAUAGCAACACAGUUGCAAUGAAAUAUACAUAGCUUUUAUGGAUAAUGUUAUAUUGGCAUUAGCCAUUGGUUUUGUGUUAUAUUUGUAAUUAUUUCUAACGGGUUGCA